GCCAGGUGUGGUAGUGUGCACCUGUAGUCCCAGCUACUCAGGUGGCUGAAGUAUGGAGAUUUACCUGAGCCAUGGAAGUCAAGGCUGCAGUGAGCCAUGAUUAUGCUACUGCUCUCCAGCCUGAAUGACAGAGUGAGACCCAGUCUCAAAAAGAAAAAAAAAAAAAGAUCAAAUAGAAAUAACAGGGCAAGCACACUGAAAAAUGAUAACUGGCACUCUGCUUCUGUGUCAAGAAGACGCUAGGAAUUAGUAUUGUCAACAAACUGAAAAGUAUAUACCUUGUUUAAAACGGGCAGCCACUACUCUGCUUUGGCCAGUUGACUGUGAAGACCCAAUACUGCCAAAUCUUCCAAUUUUUCAAGAGAAGGUAGAUUUUUUUUGUGUGUACAUAUAAGUAAUCUCCUAAGUUUAAAUGUUGGCCAAUAAAAUGCCUCCAAAAAAAAAAAAAAAAAAAGUUGUGCACUGGUGGAUUAAUGCUGUAUGGCAUUAGCCAAUGCAAGGUAAAAUGACUACAGGCCAAAUCUGACCCAAGGCUCAUUGGUUUCUAGCUAAGAUUUUGGUUCUCAAUCCUGACUAUGAGCAAUAAAACCUUUUGGCUUUUUUAAAAGAUAGCAUGCCUGAGCCCUAGUCCAGAUUCUGAUUUCCUAGAUUUGGAUGAGUCCUGGGCAUCUACAUAUUCUUGUAAACUGUCAGAGUUCAUUCUGGUUCACAGCCAGGAUUAAAAAGUAGGAAAUUAAAUUUCAAGCUAUAGUACCUUAUCACGUUUCUGAACUUCAACACCAUGUCCAGAACACUGAAUUCUCCCCAGGCUCAUUCUUCCUGAUUCUGAGCUCAAAUAGUCAUGUGGAUCUCAGCAAGCUGAAACUGAUGACAUGUACACAAACAAUGAAAACUGGGACUAUGGAGACUGCGUUGUCUCCAACUCAAAUAGCAUCCAAUUUUGGCUGUUCUGUACACUACUUGAGAACAUUAUAAUAGCAGGCCUUCUUGGAAGAAACUCAAUUCUAAGUAAAAGAUGUUCAUAUAUGAGCUUAUGGGAAUCUCUUAUUCACAAACAUGGUAACUAUCAAAAUAAAAAUCUCUUCCAAAGUAAGAGAGACAAGAAGAGAAGUGGGGAAAACAAAUUUUAAAAGCUAUAUGAGCUUUUACAGAUAACUUAGCAGGUAACAGAGAUCUUGUGAGACAAGUAAAAUGGCCUACUAUUCAUGCCUCAUCAGGUAAAUGUGGACUUAAAAGUAAAUAAGAUAGGAAGGUGCUGAGCUAGAAACAUGUCUCAAAUUAUUUUCAGUGAGCUUCUGAAAGUCCAAGACAAAUGUAUCUUUAUGAAAAAUUGAGACAGAGCCAGUAACCAGAUCCUCUCAUCAUUUGCAUGUGAAGGCUCUAACUUGUAGUCAUGUGAUAAACAAAUUGAGAAAAAUUGUAAAUAACCAUUAACGAGGGGAGCGAAAAUUAUAAAAACAUUGAGCAAGGUUCAGAAGAUUGCAGAGCAGUCUUGGCGCAGAAACCCGAAAGUCAAGAUCACAGAGAAUGGCAACGGUGAAUACAGAUGCCACAGAUAAAGAUAUAUCCAGGUUCAAGGUCACCUUCACCUUGGUGGUCUCCGGAAUACAGUGCAUCAUUGGCAUCCUUGGGAGUGGCUUCAUCACGGCCAUCUAUGGGGCUGAGUGGGCCAGGGGCAAAACACUCCCCACUGGUGACUACAUUAUGUUGAUGCUGAGCAUUUCCAGGCUCUUGCUACAGAUUUGGAUGAUGCUGGAGAACAUUUUCACUCUGCUAUUCCGAAUUGCUUAUAACCAAAACGCAGUGUAUACCCUCUUCAAAGUCAUCAUUGUCUUUCUGAAUCAUUCCAACCUCUGGCUUGCUGCCUGGCUCAAUGUCUUCUAUUGUCUUAGAAUUGCAAACUUCAAUCACCCUUUGUUCUUCCUGAUGAAGAGGAAAAUCAUAGUGCUGAUGCCUUGGCUUUUGAGGCUGUCAGUGUUGGUUUCCUUAAGCUUCAGCUUUCCAUUCUCUAAAGAUGUCUUCAAUGUGUAUGUGAAUAGCUCCAUUCCUAUCCCCUCCUCCAACUCCACGGAGAAGAAGUACUUCUCUGAAACCAAUAUGGUCAACCUGUUUUUUUUCUAUAACAUGGGGCUCUUCAUCCCUCUGAUCAUGUUCAUCCUGGCAGCUACUCUGCUGAUCCUCUCUCUCAAGAGACACACCUUACACAUGGAAAGCAAUUCCACGGGGUCCAGGGACCCCAGCAUGAAGGCUCACAUAGGGGCCAUCAAAGCCACCAGCUACUUUCUCAUCCUCUACGUUUUCAAUGCAAUCGCCCUAUUUCUUUCCAUGUCCAACAUUUUUGACACUUACAGUUACUGGAAUAUUUUGUGCAAGAUCAUCAUGGCUGCCUACCCUGCAAGCCACUCAGUACAACUGAUCUUGGGCAACCCUGGGCUGAAAAGAGCCUGGAAGCGGUUUCAGCACCAAGUUCUUCUUUACCUAAAAGGGCAGACUCUGUGAUGAACUCAGGGAGGACUGCAGGACCUGGUCCAAUCACCUCUGCCUUUUCCUCAGGUAGAACUCUCUCCUCACCCUCUCUUUUCUCCCAAACCUGCUCUGACACUUCUCAGAUAACUUGACCCUUUUAUGAAUAUGAAGCUGAAUUUUUAACUUGAGAUUCUAAACAGAAAUAACCAAGAAACCUGAAGAUGGACUUUGAAAGUGACUUGAACUAUGUUCAUUCACAUCUUGCCCUGAGAUCUCUCCACUUUCUUUUCCCCCUGAGCCUUAAGGAGAGGGUGGCCAGACAUAUUGGUUUGCCAGGGCCAAUCUCUGUUUAUUGUCUGUUGUCAAUUGAGCACCCUUUAAUUCUCAAGAAUAUCACGGUCUGGAUGAAGAAUUACAUGAUCAUCCUACUUAAGACAGCCAACUAACAUACAGUUAGGGCUGGUGAAGCACAGCACAGCACUCAGUGCAUGGGGUAGAAAGGGAACGAAAGUAGCUACAGAGGAAGAAGAUGCAGGAAAGAAAGGCUGCUGGAAAUUAUCAAGUGCUGCAGAGGUUCCAACGCAAGUAAUGGGUGAAG